AUCCCUUGUUCGUUUGUUUACAUGGAUACACUGAGUUAGCCUUUGAAAUCGUGUUGAAUGGAUGUAGAGUGAAAUAAUGAAGACCGAGACAGGCGUCUUCACCAGGUCUUGUUCUACAUGUAGGCACUAGUUGGCACAGUGUGUGAAUAUAUUUGGUAGAAAAGUGUCGUAAAAUGUGAAAACCUGAAUACACACAAGGCUACUUGAUAGAAGCUUUGCUCUAAAAACAAAUCUAGGACUUUACUCGUGUUCUGUGAAUGGACCAAAGGGUUCGCAUGUUUAACCAUUUCUAUCUUAUACGUAACUACAAAUGUAAAAGUGAAAAAAGCCACUCUGGCAGUUGUAGCGCUCCAUUAUUUACAGAAAUUGCCGUGCUGCUCUCUGCCCCGCGUAUUGUGCCCUGCCCCGGGGCGCUACAGUCUUGGGGAAAUUGACUGAUUUGCAUGCAAAUGAUUCGAAAGCGCCGUGCAUUCAGCGCGCUAAUGACACCAACGCGGGACGCUGACUUGCUGACAUCACGCUCGUGGCCCAUCGCGAGCUCAGUCUCCGCCGGCCAGACGAGGCGAGUGCACGCACCACUGCGCUCCCGGGCUGUUUCUCGGUACGCCGUCGCACCGGAGAGUUGUCCCGCACGACCCAGCCGCUUUUUUCCUUAUUGCAGCCAACGGCCAGGACGCGGCCGCCGUCCGAGAGCAUCAGAAGUUGAGACGUGCGUCGCUUGGACGUGUUUCCUCGCGCGAAUUCCGGGUGGUCUGCGAAUUUUGUCUUGACAAAGAAGUGCGGGGCAGACGGUGAAGCACCGUGGCGAAACUCGGAGAAGACGCCGGACCGUUGUGGUUGUUGCGUUUAGAUUUGCUGUCAGUUCGCCGAAAUGUGGAAAAACCCAGAUUAAUACCAGGCUGAUUCCGCGGAGUAACGUCUCUCCGCCGUGUUCACGGUAAACGCCCACCUCACGUUUCCCCGACUCUGUAAUGGGAAUGCAAGCCCAACUAUUUAAACUUGACCGGGGAACCCGUCAGACCUUUUGGACGUGUUAUGCGGCCGGAUUGCGGGACAGGGGCCGUCAACUGCCUCCUCUACCACUGCUCUGCUUUUCUAGUCGCUGAUGGUUGGGAAUCGCAGUCACUCGCUCAAGUUCCUACUUGCGCUUUAGCUGUCCGUCCGUGCUUGUGUUGUCACCGCUGAAGAUUUGAGUCCGUUCUACCCAGAGGGGCUCAUCCGUGCUGACCGCCUCUGAAGAUCUGUGUGCACUGCCAGUGUCCCCGCGAGGAUCAUGUGGUGAGCAUCAUGCCCCUGGAGAUGGAGAAGACCGUGUCCAAGCUGGUGUACGACUUCCAGAGGAACUCCACGUCGGAUGACGACUCAGGCUGCGCUCUCGAGGAAUAUGUCUGGGUGCCUCCCGGCCUCAAACCCGAACAGGUUCAUCAGUACUACAGCUCUCUGCCAGAAGAAAAGGUGCCGUAUGUAAACAGCCCAGGAGAGAAGCAACGCGUCAAACAGCUCCUCCACCAGCUGCCUCCACACGACAACGAGGUGCGGUAUUGUAACUCCCUGGAUGACGAGGAGAAGCGCGAGCUCAAGCUCUUCAGUAACCUGCGCAAGCGCGAGAACCUGGGGCGGGGCAACGUGCGUCCCUUCCCCGUCACCAUGACCGGAGCCAUCUGUGAGCAGUGUGGGGGUCAGAUCAGCGGCGGAGACAUCGCUGUGUUUGCAUCGCGCGCAGGUCACGGCGUGUGCUGGCACCCUCAGUGUUUCGUGUGCAGCGUAUGUGACGAGCUCCUGGUGGACCUCAUCUACUUCUACCAGGACGGCAAGAUCUUCUGCGGCCGGCACCACGCCGAACGCCUGAAGCCGCGCUGCUCUGCCUGCGAUGAGAUCAUAUUCGCCGACGAGUGUACGGAAGCAGAAGGUAGGCACUGGCACAUGAAGCACUUCUGCUGCUUUGAGUGUGAGACGGUUCUGGGCGGUCAGCGGUACAUAAUGAAGGAGGGUCGGCCGUACUGCUGCGUCUGCUUCGAGUCCCUGUACGCCGAGUACUGCGACUCCUGCGGGGAACACAUUGGUAUCGACCAGGGCCAGAUGACGUACGACGGACAGCACUGGCAUGCGACGGAGACGUGCUUCUCCUGCGCCCGCUGCAAGAAGUCUCUCCUGGGCCGCCCGUUCCUGCCCAAGCAGGGCCAGAUCUUCUGCUCGCGGGCCUGCAGCGUGGCCGAGGACCCAAACGCCUCCGACUGCUCGGACUCGCCGCUCCAGAGCGCUCGCGCCCGUGACGCCCAUCGCGGCAGCGGAGGAGGAGGAGGAAGCGGGCCGUCGGGCCGCUGCUCGGCCGACGUGGACCCGCUGUCCCUGCAGAUGGACCUUUUGAGCCUCUCCAGCCAGACUCCCAGCCUGACCAGAGAGCCCCCGUCCUGGAAGAGCCAGGCCGAGGCGUACGCCUUCGAGAGCUGCCCCUCACCCGCCCACACCCCUCUGCAGCUGCUGAGUCAAUGCAACGUCCGGCCCGCCUACUGCCCAAGCUCCGCCCCUGGUCACCAGGACAGCGGGCUGAAGGAGGCGGUCCCGACCGUACGGCCUCCCGCGUCGGCCCUGAAGGGGCGGUCCUUUAACGAGGACUAUUACCCGCCCAAGCUGAAACCGCAGGCCAGCUUUAACGAGCUGGCACCCGGCAGCUUCACAGACAAGCGCUCGGUCAGCGUGCACGCGUUCCAGAGAGAGAGGGAUAUGGAGGUAGCCAUGCAGACCAGACGCAACAGGAAUCCCAUCAGCGCGCUGGGGUUCAGCGAACAGCUCACGCCACUGGAACAAACGCCACACGGCUCCAUGGAGUCACUGGCCCUGUCCAACGCUACAGGCACGUCGGCAGACGGCGUGGGAAAGAGGCAGGAGCACUUGUCGCGCUUUUCCAUGCCAGACCUGAGCAAAGACUCUGGCAUGAACGUCUCGGAGAAGAGUAACAUGGGCACGCUCAACUCGUCUGUGCAGUUCCACAGCUCCGAGUCCCUCCGCAGCCUCGCUGCCAGACAGCCGUACCUGGAGAUGGAUCCGCGGGCGCAGGGGAAUUACUCCCUGCCCUACGGCCAGGAGGCCCCUGCCGUGACCGCCAUCCCUCCCGGCUUCGCCUACCAGGAGGAGGGCCGCGCGAGUUCGGCGAGCAGCGCCAAUAACGCGCGCCUGGCGCCGAUGAGCGAGCGGACUCGCCGCCGCACGGUCGACCAGGAGGAGUCACGACGGCGGCAUCACCACCACCGCUCGCGCCGGUCGCGCCGCUCGCGCUCGGAAAACGCACUCAACCUGGCGGCCGAGGUUAGUCUGCCGGCUCCGCACCGGUCGCGGUCGCGCGUCCGAGAGGAUUACGAUCGGUUCCUGCCUCCUCGCUGCCCACGAGAUGGCGGCUUCGGCAACAGCAGGUCGAGGUCACAGACUUUUAGGCCGUGUCCUCGGACGACCUCUGACCUCACCCUUCAGAACCCUGCGCCGCAUCGUCACCUAGGCCACUACGGGUGGGACCAGUACGAUUAUGAUGAUGACUGGUGCUCGACCUGCUCCUCUUCCUCCGAUUCUGAGGAUGAAGGCUAUUUCUUGGGCGAGCCUAUUCCCAAGCCCGUGCACCUGAGGUACAUGACCAACGAGGAGUUACUGCACAAGUACAACGCCUCCGGCCUGGAGCACCUGAGUGGCAGAGGACCGCUCCACACUCGGAAACGGAGGAAGAGCAAAAACUGUAUCAUCUCCUAACACUCGCCUGCACCGUGAGGAAUUUGCCUGUCUCACUUAAAAACACUUUUCAGUAUUGUGGAGUUGCUCAGUAAGUGUUAUGCAGUAACGUCAAUGUCACACAUGCUUUGGCAUGGUUUUUUCUGCCAAUAUUCCUAAACAAUUCCGACUAUAUUUCACGCUAAGCUUCCUGUCCGGCUGAAGUCAGCAUGCAGCCGUGCUUCGUGUAACCUAUUAAUAGCCAGAGCGGUUUGGUACAGUUAUGGGCUACAUGGUUUACCUGCUAACCACAAGGUGUAUAUUACUAAAUGAAUGAAUAAGUUAAAGAUGUAAAAUAAAUAUUGUAAAUGAUUUUGUAUCAUUAGAAUCAUUAAGUAUAAUGCAGAGAUACGAUAGCAUGCGCAUCAACUUGAUUUUUGUCUUGUCUUGGAAAUUAAAAGUACAUUUUGGUUUGCAGUUUUA